AUGAGCAAGAAUGAAGAACAGCGAUUGGGCGUAUUGCAUUUGGACAAAACCCAUCGCCGCAAACGAAAUCCGAAGAAAUUCAAAAGGACAAAUUUCACUAGAAGCGCUCUCACAGAGGAGGAUAAGCGGAAUAUUAAAUAUGCACAUGUGGAGCCAUUAUAUCGGAUGUGGUGUGACUACUAUCGAAGUCUAUUAGGUGACCAACAAAAGUCUCCAGAUGAGCGAAUGCUGAAGGCAGAUUAUCACGGAGCACUAGUGCUUGUUGCAGAAGCACAUAAUACCACUCAGAUAGGGAUUGUCGGUAUUAUUCUGUUGGAGACUCGACAAACUUUUCAAUUAAUCACUAAGCAGGACAAAUACGUUGUAAUUCCAAAGCAGGGCACCGCUCUGCAGUUUAUUCUUGAUGGACGAGUUUUCACACUGUUUGGUGACGCUAUGAGAUACAAACCAUCCUUACGUGGUAAAAAGCAUAGACUACGAGUUGCGUUGCCGUUUUUCAUCAGAUAA